CGAGAAAGAGAAACAAGAUAGAAAAUCGAGAUUUAUUCAUGGUAAUUGCUUUAAACAACACAUUUUACUUGCAGUGGUCGUGUCGGCUUCGACCAGGCAAAGACCAGCGUUUCAUCUCCUCCCUCUCUCUCUCUCUCUCUCUCUCUCUCUCUCUCAUCUACUUCACGACACGUAACUUUACCUUUCCCAAACCCUAACUGCUUCGACCGAUCUGGCCAUGUCUCAGCAACCUCCGAAGCUCUCUGCUGCCACAGAAAUGGCGGAUUCUCCCAAGCUCACAAUCACGGGACCAAUCACUUCGCCGUAUUAGGAAUUUUUUUUGCCGAGUUUUAAGCGUAAAGGAGGUUCAGAGCGUAUCAUCCGACGCGUGAACGUUCAUGCUUUUAGGGUGAUCUAUCUUUGGACGCUGCGGUUAAAGUACCAGAAAAGCCAAGCUUCUUUUUUGCUGCAUUUAAGGCAAGAAAGUGAAGAGUAAUCGUCAUUAUCUUUGUAACGAGGUCUUUAAUUAGCUGCCUAGGAAGCCAUCCACUUAUUACUGAUCUUCCUGAUUACUACAUCUUCGGAGAUUUUAUUCGUUACGUGUUUAGUAGUUGGCUGAGUCGCUGCAUCCUUCACCACUACGACAGUCGCUGCAUCCUUCACCACUACGACAGCCACUAUUAUUGCAGAAGCAGCUUUUCUUAGUUUGCGAAUAUCUCAUAGAAAUUUUGAUAGCUCUGGCCUCUGAGGAUAUUGGGGAAAUCUUCUCAUGGAACGUGUGGCCGGGGAUAUCUCUGGAGGGUCGCGCCUAACAGGGACUGCAAGGGAUGCUCUAUACACGGAACUGUGGCAUGCCUGUGCUGGACCCCUUGUUACUCUUCCUCGUGAAGGAGAGCGGGCUUAUUACUUUCCUGAAGGCCACAUGGAACAGCUCAAAGCAUCAACCCAUCAAGGAUUGGAUCAACAACUCCCUUCAUUCAAUCUUCCAGCGAAAAUACUUUGCAAAGUAAUGUAUGUUCAGCUGCGGGCUGACCCGGAAACAGAUGAAGUUUAUGCGCAGAUAACUCUUUUACCUGAAGCAGAUCAAACCGAGGUCACCAGCCCAGAUUCACCUCUUCCGGAACCUCAAAGUUGCAAUGUCCAUUCAUUUUGCAAGACACUUACUGCGUCUGACACAAGCACACAUGGUGGAUUUUCUGUUCUUCGGAGGCAUGCGGACGAUUGCUUGCCUCCACUGGAUAUGUCCCAGCAGCCACCCUGGCAGGAACUGGUUGCAACUGAUCUUCGUGGCAAUGAAUGGCACUUUCGUCACAUAUUUCGUGGACAACCCAGGCGCCACUUACUCACAACUGGCUGGAGUGUCUUUGUUAGUGCGAAGAAAUUAAUUGCUGGUGAUGCUUUUAUUUUUCUGAGGGGUGAGAAUGGGGAGCUGCGAGUAGGAGUAAGGAAGCUCAUGAGACAACCAAACAACAUGCCGUCUUCUGUUAUAUCCACUCACAGCAUGCAUAUCGGGCUUCUUGCUACUGCAUCUCAUGCUAUAUCCACUGGGACCCUGUUUUCUGUCUUCUAUUGGCCAAGAACAAGUCGCUCCGAGUUCGUUGUUAGUGUCAACAGGUACCUUGAAGCCCGAAGUCACAAGCUAUCUGUAGGGAUGAGGUUCAAGAUGAGGUUUGAGGGCGAGGAAGUACCUGAAAGAAGAUUCAGCGGAACAAUCGUUGGUGUUGGAGAAAGCCCAUCAUCUAGAUGGCCCAAUUCUGAAUGGAGAUCAUUGAAGGUUCAAUGGGAUGAACCUUCAUCAAUUUUACGUCCAGAAAGAGUUUCACCAUGGGAAUUAGAGCCACUAGUAGCAGCAUCUCCGCCGAGCUUGCAACCUCUGCAGAGGAAACGGGCUCGACCUCCAGUUUUGCCCUCACCAACUCCAGAUCUUUCUGUAUUAGGCAUGUGGAAGGCCCCGGUUGAGUCUCCCUCAGCUUUCUCAUAUUGUGAGUUGCAAAAUGGAAGGGAUCUCUAUCCUUCGCCCAAAUUUUCCUUGGUUACAAAGGCCAGCUCUCACGGCUACAGCGAGAACAAUUCUCUGGCCCCAGUUUCCUGCAAGCCAAUGUAUUGUUCUAGUAACCAAAUUGAUCCCAGGACAGACUCUUUUCCCCCUGUUGUUAACAAGGAAUCCAGUGAAAAGAGACAGGGCACUACAAACGGUUACAGGCUCUUUGGGAUUGAGCUCCUUGACAAUUCUGCUGCUGAACAAACUAUACCUGUGAUCACAGCAUCGGGUGCAGUGGCUGAGCAGCGGCCAGUUCCCUCUUUGGACGCGGAAUCCGAUGGGCAUUCGGAACCUUCGAAUAUUAAUAGAUCUGAUUUCCCUUCUGUGAGUUGUGAACCUGAGAAAUCGUCAUGCCUGAUAUUGCCCCAGGAGUCGCAAAGCAGACAAAUUCGGAGCUGCACUAAGGUACACAUGCAAGGAAUUGCUGUUGGGCGGGCUGUAGAUUUGACACGUUUGGAUAGUUACGAGGAUUUGAUGUUUAAAUUGGAGGAAAUGUUUGAGAUUGAAGGCGAACUUUGCGGAUUAGCAAAGAAAUGGAAAGUUGUCUAUACAGACGAUGAAGAUGACAUGAUGAUGGUUGGGGAUGAUCCAUGGCAUGAGUUCUGCAGCAUGGUGAGGAAGAUCUUUAUCUACACAAACGAGGAAGUAAAUAAGCUAUCACCCAAGGUUAAACUUCCUGUCAGUGAGGAGGUCAAACCAUGUGAGUCGGCUUCGGAUGCUGCGGCUGCCACUGAAGACCGUUCAUCAGACGUGGGGCCCUGCCACUAAUGUACUACCACCCAUGCACUAUGAGGAAAAAAGCUCCAGGAAAGAAAUGUAAACAAGAAAAAGAAAACAAAAAACCGGAUGGAUGUGGGAGAAAGACCUUGAUAAUGUUCGUUGAUUUUGUAUUUUAGCCGGGGAGUGAUGCUGCCCGCGGAAACUAGCCCAUGCUGGGAAGGCCGGUUCGUCUAAGCCCUGAUGCAAUAAAGACACUGGUGAGACAAAAAAGAAA